GUGAAGUGUUUAUAAGGAGCAGAGAGCAGACUGCAUUCCCCGGACUUAUUUAAUGCGUAAUUACAGAGCAAAUCUUGUUAGCAGUCGAAGUAGCUGCGAAAGGAAGGAAAGCGGAAAAGCGAGAUAGUUGGCCAUGAGCAUUCUCGAAAAGGCAACACUCUUCCGAGGGUCAAAGGAGCAGCGCUGAGAGGCAGCUUAGUGUUUGCUUCAUUGAAUUCAUAAGCGUCUCGAAAAGUAAAUCCUAGUGAACUCUAGCGAAAAUCCUUCGUCCGGAUAGUGAACAAAAUGCAGCUGGAAAAAAUCCCUCGCAUAAAAAGCUAUGGGGCAAGCCGAGGAUUUUCCCUGUCCUCCCCCGCAUGCUGAGUUUCCCAACCUCCAACGAGGACAGCGCGUCGUCAAAAGUCAAUUAACUGCAACACUUGCAACACAACUUCAACUAAUUAGCGUGAUGCUGCCUCAGGUGGAGAAGUGCAUCUGGUGGUGGGGGUACGUACAGAUAUAUAUACAUACAUAUAUAUGUAUAGAAAAACCCCCGGGGAGCCAACAAAACACACAAAAAUGUGUAGCACGCUUUCGGGCUUGCGGUAAAUAAGAAUGCACUUAACGUCGGGUUUUAGAAGAGGAUGCAAGAGUGAUGUAAACAGGGGAACGGCUGGGUCUUUGGGUCGGGGAGGGACCACCCGACUUUUACGAGGUGGAAAGUAUGUCAAGCUCGGAGGGGUUAAUUUGGGUUAGUUGUGGCUAACAGGGAAUACUAUAUACCCACGUAAGUAGACAAACAAAGGGGAUUAGCGGAGAAGAUCUCAAUUCGGUUUAAAGCAUAGCGCUUUAUUAAAUUUAAAUAUACGAAUGUUAAAACACCAAUAAAAUGUUAAAACACCAAUCAUGUUUAUUAAAAUAAUCAUCAGUUAAACAUUGAACGCGGUAUUUAUUUUCCAUAUUUUUAUUUUCGAAUUUCCAUAUCGAUAUAACAUAAAAUACUCCAUUUAAUAAAUUACGUUAGUAAUAAAAAUGCGAAAAUUGUGUGAUAAGUGAUAAGAAAAUUAUUAAACAAACAUGUGUGAAUCAACCAGAUAACAUAUGAAAAUAAUUUAGCUACAAAUUAGCAAGCAAUUAAUAUUAUUAUACCAAGAGUUAUCAAUAAUGUUAAGCCUCUCUUUCUCAUUCACAAUGAAUUAAAAAUACCAUUUCUCUUCAAACAAAGCUAUUAAUAGGUUGAAUUGUUAAGCUCUGUUUUAAAACUUUAGAGAGACACUCCCCCUCCCACUUAUCUGCCCCAAUUUGCGGCAAAUCAUCAUCAUCUUCGUUUAAUUAGGGUGUAGCUUGUUCCAAACCAGCUUCUUAUCUUAUCCACUCCUCGGAGACAUUCUCGACAAGAUGUUUUAUCAAGUAUCGGGCGACGAUAACCACCUUCGAAAAGAGUCCCAAGCCUCGACUGCAUCUUCAUUUCGACUUCGGUUCCCGUUUGGAGUAGAUGUGGCGUAAAUUUCCACCUGAAUGAAGCUGCCAUUGCAGGUGGAAAACGUGUGGAAACGUUUCUUGGCCAUGUUGUCGCUUCCGGAUUUGCUAGUCCUCGGCUGCUUGUGGGACAGUGGAUUCUCCUUGGGCUACUAUGCCAAGUCGGCUUAUGUGUACGACAACCCGUGGCCCCAUUGGUACGCCCUGGUGGGCGGGAUAGUGGCCUUGGCUCUGACCUUGGGCUGGACCCUCCGCAAGCACAAGAGGCAGCAGUACAGCUUCGAUCACUACUACAUCAUGUUCUACGGACUCCUCUGCUCGCUGAUGGGAAGCUGCUUUAUGCUGACUAAACAGUUGGCUGUUAGCUAUUACUUCAUCUUCGUGGGACUGAGUGUGCAGUACUUGGCGGGAUUCAGCUACGUGAACCUGCGAUGCGAUGCCUCGGGAUCGAGGCCGUCGAGGAUUGCCCUGGCGAACUCACUGUAUGUGGGAGGGAUGACCUCGGGGUUCGUGAUUUUCAACGAGAUGGAACCGCAGCGCAGUGGACUGAUUGCCCUGGGAAUUAACUUGCUGCUACUCUGCCUGGUGUGUCUGAACGAGUUGCUGCACCAUACGGGCUGCAUUAACUACAAGGAGUCCAGGGACUUGGUGUUUAAUCUGCUGAACGAGGAGAGGAUGGUCUUCCUGCCGCGCCAGGCGAUUCUGGCCCAGUUCGUGGGCCGAACGGACUACCAACUGGAGGACAGCAGGCAGUGGCUGGUGCUGAUACUGGGAGGAAGCCUGGUGUACCUCCAGAAGAGCUGCCUCCUCUUCUCGCCCACCUACAUGCAGCUGAUGUGGAGCAGCACAGUGGGCUAUCUGCAGCGCGCCCAGCUGUACAUUCCCUUCGUCCUGUUCGCGGGCGGCUCCAGCCUUGGGGCCCUGCUCCUGAUGAGGUACACCCCCAAGCUGGUCUACCUGCUCUUCGGACUCAUCCAGAUGACGCUCAUCGUGGCCCUGCUGUGCAUCUACAGCGACGACCAGGCGGAGCACUGCUUUCUGUUCCUCUGCCUCAUAUACGUCACCAUGGGAGUGCUCUCGAGCCAGGGGAUCCACUGGCUGCUGGAGUGCUCGCCCUUCCUCUACACGGAAAUGGCCCUGGCCACGGGAUUCAUCCUGCAGCUGGUCGUGCUCGAGGGCUGCAAGUACGAGUUCUUCGCCGAGAACCACUGGACUGCCCUGCUGGUCGGCAGCGUGGUCACCCUGGUGCUCACUGCCCUGGCCAUUCCGGUGGUGCAGUGGCUCCAGCCGCACUCCGCCAGCCUGGUGGAUGUGCGCAACCGCCUGCUGGGCAUCCGGCGGCAGUCGCUGCCACCGGAACAGACCCAGUUCUGGCACACGAACCACUUUCUGGCCCACAACAAGCCCGCCAGCCAGCUGGCGUCCGUGCAGCUGGGCAGGAGCAGGGUGUUCCAGCAGUACCCGAUCAGCGGGAGCGACAUCACCGACAGCCAAAAGAACGACAAGUUCUGAUAAUAAAGUGUGCACUUUAACCACCACUUGUUUCUGCUUUGCGGGUCCCCAUCAUUAUUCACAUUCAAUUGUCACUGCGAUUGCUCUGUUAUUUAUCUUUGUCACAGAAAGUGAAAUAAUUCAAUUUUAUUUUCUACACAGCUCGAUGAAUGUACCAGAAUGCAUUGGUUUCGGAAAAAUAUAACUUCCAAAAUAAAAAGGCAA